AAAAAAAAAACUAAAACUGAGUUAUGUGUUCAGCCAGUAUCUGAAGAGAUAGGAUCUCGGAGUGGACGAACCAUGUCUGCGACAACACCAUCUCUAUCUUUUUCAAAUUUCAGACCAAGAUUUCAAAAUCCAGUUAAAACCCUCCAUUUAUCUCCACUCUCUUGGUCUGUUUCAAGAAGAAAGAUCUUGUCUUCUAGGAAUCUUCGUCUUCAACAGGAAAAAAAAACCCAACUAUGGAGUCUCUCUGCAACUCCAGAAAAAAUAUCUCAAGAGAUCGUUUCUUCUGAUUCUUCUUCUGGAGCAAUUGUGCCAAGUGGUGACCAAGAUGGUGUUGCUUUGAUUAUACAAGUGCUUCUCAUUGUUGCUUUUCUUGCUCUCACUGUUCUCACCAUUGGUGUUGUGUACAUUGGAGUGACUGAGUUUCUUGGGAAGAGGGAGAGAGAGAAGUUUGAGAAGGACGAAGCAGCAAAGAGGUCUAAGAAAGGUGGGAAGAAGAAGGCAAUGAGAGCCAGAGCCAGAGCUGGACCAAGAGGUUUUGGUCAGAAGAUUGAAGAUGAUGACUUUGACAUUGAUCUUGAAUGAUUUUGUUCCAUUGUUAGUAGAGAGAGACAAGAUUGAUUUUGUUUGUAAGGUUGAUCUGUAAUUGUCGGAGCUAUGUUCUGUUUCUUGUGUACCAAGGAGCUUGGUCGAUAUAAACAACAAGAUUGCAAAGUUACAGAAAUGAAAAAGUUCAUCGUGAAAUAGGAAACAAGAGUUUGAUGAAACAAAUUACAUAGAUGGAGAAAAUAA